UUGUAUAAAUGUACGCUCGCCCGUGGACAGCUCCCCACGUGGUGUCGGAAUGGCGGUAGGCCUAUGAAAAAGUGUGGAGGCGUGUCGGAAUUGCGGGCCACUUUAGACGCGUCUCCAUAGAAACGGCUGUAUACAACAUGUCGUUCCUGUUUUGGACCUCCGAGGAUGUGGCGAAAUGGAUACAGUCUCUCGGCUACCCUCAGUACACGGCUUGUUUUACUGAGAAUGUCAUCACAGGUCGGAAGCUGAUUCACAUAAACUGCUGUAAUUUGCCCAAAUUAGGCAUCACAAACUUCAAAGACAUGAAGGCUAUCGCUGCUCAUGUGCGGCAGCUGCUGGACGUGUCGGAGCCGUUGUGGAGCCGCAGCCUGGCCGACUAUCGUCGUGACGACAUGGGGAUGUACCUGGAGAUGAAGAGCCGCACGGGGGAGCGAGCCAACUCACUCACACUCGACAAGUUCCUGAAGGACCGCAAUACAUGCUGAACACACACACACACACACACACACACACACACACACACACACACACACAAAUAUAUACAGCAUACCUGUACACACACACACACACACACACACACACACACACACACACACACACACACACACACAUAAGCCAACACACUCACACUUGAAAAGUUCCUGAAGGACCGCAACAUAUGCUGAACACAUAUGUUCACACAGUGGACACAAGCCAAAACACAUAAUAAAUAAGGAGAUAGAUGGGA